AGGUAGGACUCCAUAUCUGAAAAUGAUCUGGUCCAGCUCUGUACGUGCUCUGAGUGACCUAGUCGUGUUACUGCUGUGCGCGCUAGUGGUGUCACGUGUUGAUGGGGGACUUGUACUGCAAGAAGAUGUUCAACAGCCGGGGGUAAAUAUGGCGCUAAACUAAUUGAUCUAAAUAAAAAAAAGUAUUCAAGGGUUUGUUCCUCAUGCCUGUGCCUAGCAUCUGUGAUAAUUUUACUGUUAAAAGUUGAAUUUUUUUAUUGUCGCAAAAUAAAGUUACCGCUAUCAUCUUGUUUAUUGAAAAGUUAGAUUCAGAUCAAUUUAACACCGGCGACAAUAUGACUCAAAUUAAAAUACGCUGCAAAUAUUUUUUUUUGCUAAUCCAUACGACUAUUCUUCUUUAUCAAUUCAUUUAAAUAAAUUGAAGUAAAUCAGUGACAUAAUGGAAUUUGUAGGUAACUAACUAACACACAUAAUCUAGUGGGAGGCUUGAGCUGGCGCCCUUAAAGACCCGGCUAGUACAUCAGCAACCAGGUCCAUCGGCUGGUCUAAGCCAAAUAACAUCGUCGCAAUGAAAGACUGUCACAGCCCCUUCCCCUACCCCUUUUCCCGCAACGUCCAGUGCUGGGCAUUGGGGUCAACAUGUGCGCUAGUUUCCGGAAACAGGCUGCAUCUAAACUGUUCAUUACCUGGAAUCGAAUGAAAUAUUUUUAUUUGUAAACUUUAGUUUUUAUUUUACAAUGUAUUUUACAAACAUAGCGUUCUAAAAGAAUUAUAAAUGCGACAAUUUCGCCAAAACUUUCAGACACCUUGCACCUUUGAUCUAUCACUCAACAUCUCUGAGUGCUAUUUAUUCAACUCCGAUGGUUCACCUGACGCGACCAUAGAUCCAACCCAAGACGCAACCACGUUCUUGCCAGAAUAUACCGUCUGUUUGCUUAGGUCAGGCGAGAGUGACGCUGAAUCUGGUGUAGCGUUGAUCUGUGAGGCAGGGCAGUGGAAACGACUUGGUGAGCCAAUUAUUGAUGUUCAUGAUAAUGAUCGUUCAUGAACCUAAUUAUUCAAAAACAUACCUAUAUAAUUACUCUUGUCAUAAUGCAUUUUUGAAAUUAAAGACAUUAAGAAUUUAAUUUUCUCCAAAAAGUUAGGUGUUUCCUUGAUAUUAUUGUCUAUUAAAAAAAAAAUAUAAGACAAAGAAGGUCUGAAGAUUUCAGUUGGGGAAGUCUAAAAUAUGUGAUAAAAAAAAAGUUGUGUACAAUUCAAGUUAAACAAUGUGGGUAGCCGGUGAAGACAGAACUUUAAAGUCCAAAGAUUAGAACGUCAGUGCUGAGAUCGUCCUUGAAUAUUUUCUAACUGGAGUCACUUGAUGGCCAAAAAAAUAUUGGUCACGACCAGCGCUUUUUAACCCAAUGUUUUAUGGGUCAUCCUUAAUGAACACAGGCAUUUGGGUGUGGGGUGUUGGGGGGGGGGGGGGGGGUCAUGAUUUAAUAACGAACUAUUAAGAUUGAGUCUAAGUUAUGUGAAAAAUUUCUGACGUUUUUGGUCAAAAUAGCGUCACAUCAAUUUUUGAUCGCCCUUUUUAUUUGUAUAUAUUAUUUUUCAAAAAUUUUUUUUNCAUACUUAUGAUAAUUGCCUUUUAUCUCAAUGUUUUACCAGAGUCAAAAAGGAAAAAAGAAACUAUUAUGAAGAAAGUUGUAUCCUUUUUUUUUUUUUUUUUUUUUUUUUUUUUUUUGUUUUUUAAAAUUUUUUUUUUUUUUUUUUUUUUUUUUUGUAAGAGUAUUUUUGAAUGGUCAUCGUAUCGUUAUCCUUGUCAUAUUGAGAACCGUCGUGUAUUGAGAACCGUCGUGUAUUGAGAACCGUCGUGUAUGAAGGCAUUUUUUUUUAAAAAUACAAUUGUUUAAAGUUCUUAACCCCAGCCCGACGUCACAGCGACGCGACAAGAUCUGCUUAAAAACACUUAAUGCGCGAAUGAGGAGUGUGUAUACAUGGUGAUGAAAUGAUUACGAAACAGGCAUUUGGGUGGUAGAGUAAGGAAUAAUACACAUCAAUUUUACUCUUCUUUUUUUUGUCCUUCCAUUUUUCAAUAUAAGAACCAGAGACAGCAGAGACAGCAGAGUCAUCGGAGACAGCAGAGACAGCAGAGAAGGCAGAGACAGCAGAGGCACCAGAGGCAGCAGAGGCACCAGAGACAGCAGAGACGGAAGAGUCAUCAGAAACAGAAGAGACAGCAGAGACAGCAGAGACAGCAGAGACAGCAGAGACGGCAGAGAUAGCAGAGGCACCAGAGGGUGGCAGAAGAAAAAGGCGGACGAUGUCGAGGAAACACAAGAAAGGUAAACCGUUAAAUCGAGCAGUCGUCUGCCUUUCAAGUGUACGUCAGGUUAGGGUUACGGCUCAUUAGUUUGACCCCUUGUAUGUCAAAGCCAACAAAUCUGUUCUUUCCUUCGAACUGAAGUCAACGCCAUUGUGUUCUGAUAACUGUUUUGAUUUGCUACAGCUCACAGAUGUUCUUUGUCACACUGCGCCAUCCUUCAUGGAAAAUUCUCUGUUUGGAUACACAAGAAUCAUAAGCAUUGCACUUACCACUGUGACCCUGGGUACGAGCUCAGGGGAUGUAAAACCAUUAAAUGCCAGCAUUACAAUAAGUGGAGCGGACCGAAACCCUUUUGCCACGGUCAGUGUUUUUAUGAUGCAUUUCAUUGAAGUAGGCGUCCUAGAAAAUCAUUUCCUUGAAUGAACCCAUGCUAGAGUAUCAUUUCAUUGAAUUGAGCCAUGCUAGAGUAUCAUUUCAUUGAAUUAAGCCAUGCUAAAGUAUCAUUUCAUUGAAUUAAGCCAUGCUAAAGUAUCAUUUAUUGAAUUAAGCCAUGCUAGAGUAUCAUUUAUUGAAUUAAGCCAUGCUAGAGUAUCAUUUCAUUGAAUUAAGCCAUGCUAGAGUAUCAUUUAUUGAAUUAAGCCAUGCUAGAGUAUCAUUUAUUGAAUUAAGCCAUGCUAGAGUAUCAUUUCAUUGAAUUAAGCCAUGCUAGAGUAUCAUUUCAUUGAAUUAAGCCAUGCUAUAGUAUCCUUUCAUUGAAUUAAGCCAUGCUAGAGUAUCAUUUCAUUGAAUUAAGUUUGGCCUGAGAAUCAUUUCUUACCAAAACUAGGCUUCAACAAGUUUUACAACAAACAAAUCAUCAGUAGAAGAUAUAUGGGUGUUCUUACUUAAUAUCAAAUGAUAUAGUUAAAUAUAGUUAAAAUAAUCCCUAAAUUGUCUUUCUAUUCUCUUUUAUAAAGUUGACAUAUCGAACUUAAACAAUUAACUAUUAAACUAAACUAUUUAACUAUUCAACUAUUUUACUAAGAUAUUUAACUAAACUAUUCAAUUAUUUAACUAUUAAACUAUUUAGCUUUUUAACUAAACUAUUGAACUAUUCAAAUAUUCGACUAUUUUACUAUUUAUCUAUUUGUUAUAUUGUGGGAAUACAGGGCUUACUUUGUUAUAUUGUGGGAAUAUAGGGCCUACUGAUUUACAUUGUGAGAAUAGGUGACUACUUUGUUACAUUGUGAGAAUAUAUCGCUUCUUUAUAACAUUUUGAGAAUAUAGGCCUCCUUUGUUACUUUGUGAGAAUAUGGGUCCUACUUUUAUUUCCGUAAAACCUUUCUCCAAUCUGACUUCUUUUACUUAAACAGCAAAAUACGUGCCACCUACGCCAUUUAAGCCUUAUACCCGAACUCCGCCAGUUAAACCUACCCGACCUCCAGCUGUUAAACCUACCCGACCUCCAACUGUUCAACCUACCCGACCUCCAACUGUUCAACCUACCCGACCUCCAACUGUUCAACCUACCCGACCUCCAACUGUUCAACCUACCCGACCUCCAACUGUUCAACCUACCCGACCUCCAACUGUUCAACCUACCC